AUUUUAUUUUUUUCCCGAACACGGCCUUUAGGGUCAGCAGGGCCGGUGGUUCGUUGUAAUAUGCCCCACCCUCUCCGCUCUUGACGGACCAUUUCGAUGGCGCUGAUUGCACCGUCAACGUUGGCUGGCAUUGGUUUUUAGGCUAACGUGGGACUCUCUCUCUCUCUCUCUCUCUCUCUCUCUCUCUAUUUUGCUGAGGUACCGAAAAACCAUAGAGACGAAAACGAAAACGACGCACUGCGUUUGAAGUUGGUUAGGUUUCAAAGUCGUUGUCGCGUCGUCGAAUUCCUGUCGAACAGUAGUAGAGGGCCCUGCAAAUUUGGGCUUUCAACCAUGCGAAAGAGGAACAAGAAGGCUGGAAGUUCUCAUGAACCCAAGAAAUCGCUCUCUUUAACUCCACAACAGCAACAGUCUAAGUGUUAUGAGGGGGAAGAUCUUGAUAGUCUGCUCAAGUCAAUUGGAAGGGAGAUUGAGUUGGAAAGACUUUCAAAGGGAGCCUUGCCUGAAAAAAUAUGGAUUAAGCAACAAUUUUCUAUUGGGGUCAAUGACAUCACCCGUGUACUGGAGCGGAUGAUGACAAGUGCUCAGUUGGGAAAUUCAUCCCAGAAGCCUCUGGUAGCUGGAAAUUAUCGUAAACCUUCAAUUCAGCUUCAGGCUGUACUUUUAGCUUCUGAUUGCAACCCACGAUGGCUUACCAAGCAUCUUCCUAGUUUGGCCUCUUCAAGAGAAGUACCGGUGAUUUUUGUCAAAGAUAAUAAAGGUGGUUCCUUGAGAUUAGGCGAACUUGUGAAGCUUAAGACUGCUAUUGCCAUUGGUGUCAAGGCUAGAGGAAGUGGUAUCAAUAAAUUAAUUCAGGGAAUCCUUCAUGAUGACCAAAUUGCUGGGGACAAUGGAGUGCUUGAAGCCUGCUGAUAUGACAAGCACAAACAUCACUGGCCUGAACUAAGGAAUUGAGUUCUUCUAGCAUGCAUCACACAAGAGGAAUGAGAGGGAGAGAUGCUGAGCACCGAGGCAUCAUCAGGGGAUGAACCAAGGGAAACAUUUAUAUGCCCCUAUCAUCAUCCCAUAAAGAUCUGCAGGGUCACGCCGAUUACUUGGUCACAGCAUUUAUGAUGAUUGAACAUCCAAUGCGUCAAUUAUUUUAACCUUCUAUAAUUUUAAUAGCUUUUAAAUGCAGAAGGCCAUGCAUGGCAAUGAUGCAAUCUUUAAUCAGAGGAUUUAGCCAACCUACAGAACUUUACCUUGUGGAUAUACUUAUGCAAUUGUUUUAGAAUCUUUGGCUGCCUGAGAGAUUCAGCCCACAGGAAAACUUCUCCAAGCAAUGUAUGGAGAUUCACCCCUUGUGAUUCAGCUUCUUUUGGAUGCAGACAUUACGCUUCUUUGGAUGGUUCCACCUUUAAUAUAAGACUGCAAAUAAUUCUUCUGAUGCA